AUUUCAUUAUUAGAGCCCGUAAAUAUAUUUUCCUCUCUCUCUGUCUUGUACAAACACAAUGACAGCAGCAUCUAUGGAUGGAUUUAAUAAGAGCAUGUGUCCUGCUGAAGAUGAUAGUGAGCUGAGGAGAGGGCCAUGGACUCUCGAGGAGGAUACCAUGCUAAUUCAUUACAUUGCUCGACAUGGUGAAGGUCGUUGGAAUAUGCUAGCAAAAUGUGCAGGACUGAAGAGAACUGGUAAGAGUUGCAGACUGAGAUGGCUGAAUUACUUAAAACCAGAUAUUAAGCGAGGAAACCUUACUCCACAAGAACAGCUCUUGAUCCUUGAACUCCAUUCCAAGUGGGGUAACAGAUGGUCCAGGAUUGCACAACAACUUCCAGGAAGAACAGAUAAUGAAAUCAAGAAUUACUGGAGGACAAGGGUGCAAAAACAGGCUCGGCAACUUAAUAUUGAGUCCAACAGCAAGAAUUUCCUGGAUACUCUUAGAUAUUUCUGGAUGCCAACGUUGCUGCAGAAAGUGGAGCAGAAUUCUUCUUCUUCUUCUUCUGCUUCUUCUUCAGCCCCCCAAAGCUCUGGUCCUCCUAAAUUUGAAUGUUACACAGUCCCUUCAGUCUCCCCUGCAUCCUCCUCACUUGAAAAUUCAAAUCAACUCAUUGAGAACUCAAGUUUAGUCACUAGCCACCAAAGCAUAAUCAAUUAUCCUACAGAUUUUAUCAACAUCUCAGACACUGUUGUUCCUCAGCACAUGACAAGUCCAAAUGUAUUUGUCAAUACUAAUACUGUCUGCAACAAUCAAGUACUCCUGAAUGACAGUUAUAACAUGGACAUGGAGGGAUUGGUCAGUAUAGGAUCCACAUCAUAUGACAGCUCACUAUCAGAAUACCAGAUGGUGGAUGAUAAUUGGGGCUGCAAUGACAUGUCAGACACUUUAUGGAACAACAUGGAUGACAUAUGGCAGCUUAGGGAGAUAGGGGGCUAGCACAUGGUUGCUGAGCUACUACUGUUGCCCGUUUCGUUCAAAGGGUCCACCCCUGACUAAAGGAUAUCAAAACGGUCCAAAUUAGACUGAAUUAUUGUUUUAAAGGUUGUGCAAUGGUCCAUCACCAAAAAAUGAAAGUGAUUUGGAGAGUUUUGAUUAGUUCUAUGUUUGCCCUUCGCCGUUGGAAAGGUUUUUUUUUUUUUGAACAGUAGUCGUUGGAAAGUAGUGCUAUUCAUUAAGACCAUCCUUUUGUAAUUGGUUGUUAUAGAUGAAUUUUUCUACUUAGCAAAUCAUAUCAUAUCAAUUUCUUCUUGGA